GAUCCCUUCUCUCUCACUUUCCCUCCUCUGAACCCAAAAUCUCUCUUUCUCCUUACCCAGAAAUCCUAAUCCAAACCACGAUUUCUUUCCCAAACUACACCCACCAUCUCUCUCUAUCUACCACCCAUGGGCCAAAGAUUGAGUGGCUUGAAGCGGAAGCGGGAGACUGAAUCCGAGGACCAAAACCAGGCUCGCAAGGUUGUCGUCGUCGAAGACCCAAACAAAGAAGUCCAAUCAAACUCAACCACAAGAACCACCUCGUCAUCUUCUCAAUCUAGUUGGGAUUACGACGUCUUCUUGAGUUUCAAAGGUGAAGACACUCGCAAGAACUUCACUGAUCACCUCUACUCCGCCUUGAUGGGGGUCGGAAUUCGUACCUUUAGAGAUGACGAUAAGCUUCAAAGAGGAGAGAACAUCUCUACCGAACUACACAAUGCGAUUCGUGGAUCAAUGAUUUCUAUUGUGGUAUUUUCCGAAGGCUAUGCUUCUUCAAGGUGGUGCCUUGAUGAGCUUGUGGAGAUCGUGCAUUGUAGGAAUACCAUAGGCCACACUCUUCUUCCGAUAUUUUAUCACGUGAACCCUUCAGAUGUCCGACACCAGAAGGGAACUUUGGCAGAAGCCUUUGAUAGGCAUGAAAAGCGGUUUCAAAUCGAUAUGGAGAGGGUGCAAAGGUGGAGAGCAGCACUUACUGAAGUUGCAAAUUGUUCCGGCUGGGAUCUUAAUAACAUUGCAGAUGGGUAUGAAUCAAGAUUCAUCAAAGAGAUUGUUGAAGAAGUUUUGUGUAAAGUGAACCCCGCUCGCUUGGAUGUUGCCAAACACCCAAUAGGAAUGGAGUCUCGUGUUGAUGAUAUUAAAUGUUUAUUAAAUCUUGGAACAAGUGACGUUCGCAUUGUGGGCAUUUACGGAAUGGGUGGAAUAGGUAAAACAACCCUAGCAAAAGCUGUCUACAAUGAAAUAUGUGAUGCAUUUGAAGGAAAGAGCUUUCUUUCAAACCUUAAAGAAAGUUCAGAAAAGCAUGGCUUAGUUCAUUUACAAGAACAUCUUCUUUAUGAUAUCUUGAAAACGAAUUUGAAGAUUGACAAUGUUGAUAGAGGAAUCAUAUUGAUCAAGGAAAGACUUCAUCGCAAAAGAGUUAUUGUUGUUCUUGAUGAUGUGGAUGACUUUGAAAAACUACACAUGUUAUUCGAAAAGGAAUGGUUUGGUUUAGGAAGUAGAAUCAUUGUAACAACUAGAAAUGAACAUUUGCUAAGGCAAUUGGGGGUAGAUGAAAAAUAUAAACUAGAAGAACUGAAUCAUUGGGAGUCUCUUCGACUGUUCAGCUGGCAUGCCUUUAAGAUGGCCUAUCCAAAAGAAGAUUACUUAGAGCUUUCAAUUGAAGCAGUGGAUUAUGCUGGAGGACUUCCUUUAGCUCUAGUGGUUUUGGGUUCUUUUCUUAAAGAAAGAAGCAUUGCUGAAUGGAAAAGUGAAUUGGAAAAAUUACAAAGAAUUCCUAAUGAAAAGAUUCAAAAAAUACUUGGAAUAAGUUUUGAUUCACUGGAUAGCUAUACAAAGGAAAUAUUCCUUGAUAUUGCAUGUUUCUUGGUCGGUAUGGGCAAAGAAUAUGCUAUCAAAAUACUCGAUGAUUGUAAUUUAUUUCCAAAUAUCGGUAUUCCUGUUCUCAUUGAUAUGUCACUUGUGACAACUGAUUGCCAAAAUAAGUUAAUGAUGCAUAAUCUGAUUCGAGACAUGGGAAGAAAAAUUGUUUGUCAAGAAUCACCCAAAUAUCCAGAAAAACGCAGCAGGUUGUGGUUUCACGAGGAUGUCUUAAAUGUACUACGCAAACAUACGGGUUCGAAGAAAGUUGAGGGUCUCAUCUUAAAUCCCCCGCUACUUGAAGAUGUAGAACUGGAAACUAAAGCAUUUAAAAAAAUGACGAAUUUAAGAUUACUCCAAAUCAAUGAUGUACAACUUACAGGAUCCUAUGAAUAUCUCUCCAAAGAGCUAAAAUGGCUUUGUUGGCAUAAGUGCGCUCUAAUAUCUCUCCCACGGGAUUUUCAUCUAGAGAACUUGGUUAUUCUUGACAUGCAGCAUAGUAAAGUCAAACGAGUUUGGAAGAGGAAGAAUAAAAUUUUCAACAAGUUGAAGGUCCUUAAUCUUAGUAAUUCCAAAUGUCUCACUAGAUCACCAGAUUUUUCACAAGUCCCACAACUGGAGAUACUAGUACUUGAAGGUUGCACAAGCUUGGUUCAGGUGCAUGUGUCCAUUGGACAUCUCAAAAGACUUGUUUUAUUGAAUUUAAAGAAUUGCACUAACCUGAAGUAUCUUCCAAGAAGCAUUUUUAACUUAGAAUCUCUUGAAACUCUUAACUUAUCUGACUGCUCGGCAUUUGAAAAAUUACGGAAUCAACAACCAUCCUCCUUUGGUCUUUUCAUGAAUCUCAAAACUGCAUCGUUUUCUGGAUGUAGAAGUCUCAUCGAAUUACCAAACUUCUUACAUGCCCCACAUUUGGAGAGUCUGGAACUUGUAGGUUGUACAAGCUUGGUUGAGAUUUGCAAGUCUAUUGGACUUCUAAAAAGACUUGUUUUGUUGAAUUUACGAAGUUGUGAGAAGCUUAGGAAUCUUCCAAAUAGUUUUUCAAACUUAGAAUCUCUUGAAAGUCUCUACUUAGGGGGUUGCUUUAAUCUUGAAAAUUUACCGGAGCAAUUAGGGAAUAUGACGGCUUUAAAAGAGCUGGAUGUGAGCUCCACUGCUAUUAAGCAACUGCCAUCCUCCUUUAGGCUUUUGAAGAAUAUUGAAACUAUAAGUUUUUCGGGAUGUCAAUUUCUGAUCGAAUCACCAGAGUUAGCACAAACCUCAUGUCUAAAGUAUCUGACAUUUGAAAAUUGUACAAGCUUAGUUAAGAUUCACAAGUCCAUUGGACAUCUGAAAGGACUUAAAUUACUUGAUUUAGGAAGGUGCAAGAAGCUUAGGGGUCUUCCAAUUAGUAGCACUUCUAACUUAAAAUCUCUUGAAAGUCUUAUAUUGUCUAACUGUUUACCGGAACAAUGGGGGAAUAUGUUGGCUUUAAGAAAAUUGGUUGCAUACGGAACUACUAUUGAGCAAAUACCAUUGUCCUUGGGUCUUUUGAGUAGUCUCAAUGUUUUAAAAUUGGUUGGAUGUGGAGGAUCGAUAUCACCCAAAAGCUCCAACCACAUAAGUUUGUUAUCCAUUUCUGAAUUAUGUUCAUUGACACAACUAGAUCUCAGUAACCACAAUUUGUCUGAAGACGAGAUCCCCAUUGAAUUUGAAUGUUUAUCUUUACUCGAAGAAUUGAAUUUAUCAAGAAACAAUUUUCGUAACCUACCUAGUUUCAUCAGUCGCCUUCCUAAAUUAGAGUUUUUAAUUUUGAAUGAGUGUACUAGUCUUCAAUCAAUUUCACUUCCUAAAAGUGUAACAUCUUUGAAAGCAAAUGGUUGCACAUCAGUGGAAAGAAUCUCAGUUCUGACAAAUGAGAGUUCAGGAUCUUCUGACCUUGAUUAUCUCGACCAGUGGUGCAAAAAGAUGCCCGCAUAUAUUGAACUUGAUAAUUGCCACAAACUGGUUGAGAUUAAAAAUCUGGAGAGUUUGCUACGUAAACCAGGUUGUGUUAGCAUGGGAAGCUGCUACAAUCUAUCAUCUGAUUUUAGGGAGAGUGUUCUCCCGUAUCUUCUCAAGACGAUGUGCGAGACAGGUGAUGAAGAUCCUUUCGUUUUCUUACCCGGAAGUGAGAUUCCAAAUUGGAUUAGCCAUCAAGCAAUCGGUUCUUCAAUAUCCUUUCGUGUACCUCCCUUAUUAGAAGGUAAAAUCAGCAAGGUGCUUUUUUGCAUUGUUUAUGCUGUAAACAAGGAAGCACCUAGAGACAUAUUAGCUCAAGUGGUUUGGUUGAGAUGGAAAUGGAGAUUUUGUAAAAGAAGUUUGAGAGACCAGUCCAACAACUGGAAUGAGGUGCCACAUACUCAUCUGGAUGUACCAACUUUUGAUAUCUUUGAAGAUCAUAUACAUGCACUAAAGAUGAUUGACUCUAUGUCGAUAGAAAGACUUCAGAUGAAAAGUGGAGAUGAAAUAGAGUUCGCCGUCGAUCUACAAAUGUGGCGCCAAGGAAUUAUGUGUGAAAUUGAUUCACAAAUUAUGGAAGUGAAGAGGUGUGGAAUCCAUAUGUGGAAUCUAUGAGUAAUUCUAGUUGAUUUUGCACAAUUCCACCCCAAAUAAAUGACAGUCGUGGCAGAUAAAAAAGCAAAUUGGUGAAAUGCAUGAGAAACCGUUUCCUGCUGUCCCUGAAAUUCCCUCACUCACAGACGGCAUCUGUAUGCCUUAAGCAGUGUCCAAUGCAACAGUGGCCAAUGCAGUAGCUGAAUUAGCAUGGAUUCAGUCUUUGCUCAGUGAACUUGGUGUUACUUCUCCACGUCAACCAGUUCUACAUUGUGACAACAUUGGCGCCACAUAUCUCACAUCUAAUCUUCUCAAUCACGCACGUACAAAGCAUAUAGAGAUUGAUUAUCAUUUUGUUAGAGAUAUGGUUGCUAAGAAACUUCUUGAUGUUUGCUUCAUCUCUGGGAAAGAUCAACUGGCUGAUGUUCUCACCAAGCCCCUUGCUGCUAUCCAGUUCGUGAUGCUACGGUCCAACCUCAACGUGCUUCCUCCCACGUCGAGUUUGAGGGGGCGUAUUGGAUCAGAAUCCUAUUUGGCUAAAGAUACUACUAUAGACUUGAAUAAGAAUUCUUCUAAAGCUUUAGAGUUAAACAAAGACUCUUCUAUUUAGACUUCUCUUUAGAUUAACUCUAGACUAGUUGUGAUUGUAAUCUACUAGGACUCUAGAGUUAUAUGUUCAGAUUUGAUAGAUAGUUUGUUUCAUGUAAAACACAUCUAGCUAUUAUCUAGAUGCUUCAGAUACUUCCAUAAAUACAACUACUGGCAUACAUGUUAUGUAGGCAGAAUUGCAAAACAA